AUGCCUCCUCUUUUCCUUACUGCAGUGAUCAGCUUGUUGCUGCUCAUCAGCUUCUUGAAGUUCGUACAUCAAAUCAUAUGGAUCCCACUAAGAAUCCAGCACCAUUUCAAGAAUCAAGGCAUUACUGGCCCCAGCUACCGUCCAAUAUUAGGCAACCUGGCCGAGCUCCGCCGUCUAUAUGCUGCAGUUCAGUCGUCCAAGAAAAUGCCUUUAAGCCAUGAUAUAGUUCACCGGGUGCUUCCAUUUUACCAAGAGUGGUCAAAGAAGUAUGGCAAGAUGUUUCUUUUCUGGUAUGGAACCAAGCCUAGGUUGGUCAUAUCUGACCCGGACAUGAUCAAGGAAGUUCUGGUGAAUAAUAAUGUUGGAGGGUCUUAUGAAAAACUUGCACUUAACCCUCUAGGUAAAGUUCUAUUUGGUGAAGGGCUUGUUGUGCUUGAAGGAAAGAAAUGGGCUCUUCAUAGGAGAAUCGCAAACCAGGCUUUUAAUUUGGAGCGAGUUAAGAGCUGGGUACCAGAUAUUGUAGCAAGCACCACAGGUAUGUUAAGGAAGUGGGAGGAAAUGAGAGGAGGGAGAGAGGAGUUUGAGUUGGAUGUACAUAAAAAACUUCAUGACCUUUCAGCUGAGAUCAUAUCCAGAACAGCAUUUGGAAGUAGUUAUGAAGAAGGGAAGAGUAUAUUUAGAUUACAGGAAAAACAAAUGGAUCUUGUCCUCCAAGCUUUAAGAAGUAUAUACAUUCCAGGGUUCAGGUUCUUGCCUACUAAGAAUAACAGAGAGAGAUGGAGACUAGAUGCGGAAACUCGUCAAGCAAUAAAGAAACUGAUAGAGACCAACAGCAGAGCAAGAGAAAAUUCAAGAAAUCUACUGAGUUUGCUUAUGUCUUCGUAUAAAAAUCAGGAUGGUAAGGAAGAUACAUUAGGAGCUGAGGAGGUUAUAGAUGAAUGCAAGACCUUUUACUUUGCUGGAAAGGAAACUACUGCCAACGUUUUGACCUGGGCCCUUAUCCUUCUAGCAUCGCAUCAAGAAUGGCAAAACAAAGCACGCGAAGAAAUCUGUCAUGCCUAUGGAGGGAAUGAGCUUCUGGGUGCAGAGAAUUUAAGUCAUCUCAAGAUAGUGAGCUUGAUAAUCAACGAAACGCUUCGGCUAUAUCCUCCAGCUGCGACGUUGGGGAGACAAACAUCUGAAAGGAUUAAACUGGGGAAUCUUGUGCUUCCUGCUGGCACACAGGUGUCUAUACCCUUGGCUGCUGUCCACCAUGACACCGAUCUAUGGGGAGAUGAUGCCAAUGAGUUCAAUCCCAUGAGAUUUAAUGAGUCUCGCAAACACUUAGCUACAUUUUUUCCAUUUGGUUUAGGCCCCAGAAUCUGUGUUGGUCAAAAUUUAGCUAUCUUUGAGGCAAAAAUUGUCCUAGCCAUGAUCAUCAAAGACUAUUCCUUUGUAGUGUCGCCAACUGAAACUGUGUUGCAUGAGGACGUGGAGGAGCAUGUAAUCUCUGAGAUGAUAAUUGAGAUUCAAUCUCAUUGUUUCAUUGCAGCAGAUAAUGCCGUUGUGCCUACCAAACUCUCGGACUUUUACCAAGCAUCAACUGCACUCUAG